AUGGACAAGCGAAAGGAUAAGAAGAAGAAUGGCGGCGCAGCGCCCCAGGCGCGAAUCACCGAUGCGCGAUUCGCCAGCUUUCAGACCGAUCCUCGAUUUCGGCUACCGUCGAAAAAGAACAUGAAGACGACUGUCGACAAGCGAUUCGCGGGCAUGCUCAAGGACAAUGACUUCACAGCCACCGCUCGAGUAGACAAAUACGGACGCAAGAUCAAGUCUGAUUCUAAGAAGAAGGCUCUGGAAAGGCUCUACCAACUGGAAGACGAGGAUGAAGACGAAGAAGAAGACUCCGAUGAAGAAGAGGCCGACAAGCUAGCAAGGGGCAAGAAGGACGAUGACAACGAAGAGGAAGAGGAAGAGGAAGAGGAAGAAGAUGACUUUGAGGUUGACGAUGACGAGGUUGAAAGAGAGCUAAUGGCUGCUGGGAGACCUCGGAAAUUCGACCCCGCGCGAGAGGGAGGCUUCUCCUCCUCUGAGGACUCAGAUUCCGAUGACGAUUCCGAAGAAGACGAAGAGCUGGAUCUUGCAACCGGCGGCGAUAUGCAGCGACUAGAGCGAGAGGAGAUCCAGACCGGAGAAGUAACGAAUCGGAUAGCCAUUGUCAACCUCGACUGGGACCACGUCAAAUCAACAGAUCUGAUGGCCUUGUUCACCAGCUUUAUUCCUGCCAACGACCCUGGCAAAGUCCUAAACGUUGCCGUAUACCCAAGCGAGUUCGGAAAGGAACGUAUGCAACAAGAAGAGAUUGAGGGCCCACCCAGGCAGCUCUUUAAGAAGGGAAAGAAGGACGUUGAGUCUGAUGACGAGAGUGCAUCCGACAGCGAAGCUGAAGAGGCUGCUAUCAAGAAGAAGUUGAUUCAAGAGGGCGACGAUCAAGAUUUUGACAGCGACGCUUUGAGAGCAUAUCAACUUGACAGGUUACGGUACUACUAUGCCAUCAUGACCUGCUCAAGCAAAACCACUGCCCAGGCUAUCUACGAAGCAACCGACGGAACCGAGUAUCAGGCCUCAUCCAACUUCAUCGAUCUGCGAUUCGUCCCAGAUGAUGUUACGUUUGAUGACGAGCCCAGAGAUGAAUGCAGCAAAGUACCCGAAUCAUAUAAACCCAUCGAGUUCGUCACCAAUGCGCUACAAAGCUCAAAGGUGAAGCUCACUUGGGACAUGCACCCUGAGGAGAUCAGCCGCAAAGAAUCCAUCAAGCGAGCCUUCAAGGGAAGCAGAGCCGAGAUUGACGAGCAAGACCUAAAAGCUUACCUCGCUGGUGACAGCGACAGCGAAGAUGAUGAUGAGGAGGAGAAUGCCGGCGAAGCAGCUGCUGACGAUGAACCCAAGCUAACCAAGAAAGAAUUGGCUCGGCAAAAGAUGCGUGAGGCCCUUGGUCUCGCAGCUGAGCCGGUAUCCAAAAAAUCCAAGGAUGCCCCUGUGGGUGAGAUGGAAGUCACCUUCACCCCGGCUCUAUCAGGCGAGAAAGCCAAGAAGGACGAAAAGGAAGAAACCACAAUCGAGAAAUACGCCCGUAAAGAGCGCGAAAGGAAAGAGAAGAAACGACAAGCUGCCAAGGCCAAGCGUGAAGCUCUCAAUGACGAUGACGGCGAAGCUGAUGAGGACGUCCACGUUGUCACUGGCGGUGGCGAGGACGAUGACGAAGAUCUUGGCUUUAACGACCCCUUCUUCACCACUGAAGACCCUACCCCUACAUCCAAAACAUCCAUCCGCAAGGAAGAGCGCCGCAAGAAGCGUGAGGCCCGCGAAGCCGCCGAAGCUCGCGACGCCGAAGAAAAAGCCCAUCUGUCCAAGGUCAUGGCUGAGGACGCAAACGACAACCAGGUGGACCACCUCGAUCAUUUCGACAUGAACGAGAUUCUGCGCGCGGAGAAGCAAAAGGGCAAGAAGGCCAAGUACCAGAAGAAGAGCAAAGACGCUGCAGGUCUGCAGUCAGACUUCAAGAUGGACGUCAAGGAUGACCGAUUCAAGGCUGUGUUUGAUAGCCAUGAGUUUGCUAUUGAUCCUUCUAAUCCAAAGUUCAAGGCCACGGAGGGAAUGAAAGAGCUGUUGGAGGAGGGCCGGAAGAAGAGGAAGGUGACCGGUGGUGCUGAUGAGGAGGAGAGACCGCGUCAAAAGAAGAGCAAGAAGGGAAGACGAUGA